ACUUUGCGUUACCGGUAAGGAAAGACGCAAACCCACCAUUAAACUGGCUUCGUAAUAGACAGUUAUUACUUGGCCGGAUUUCUUUAUUACGGUAGAUGCUACUGUAAGGACUUGGCACGAAACAGGAUAAUCCCACCAUGCAGCAGCAGUCAGUAAUGGAAGAGGGAACGGCCUAUGAGCCACCUACCUACGAUGAGACAUUCCCAGUACUUCCUGAAUCAGCCAGUUCAAGUUCAGGGAAAUUAAAUAUUUUCUCCAUAAGUAAUAACUUACAACUAGGGCGCAUAACAAUUACACAGAUGUUUUGUGUACCAGCAGAAGAACGCAAGUUUGAUCAUAGCGAUAAAUUUGGUGAACGUGAAUCUAUUCGCACGUGUAAAACAAUAAUGAAAGAAACAAACACAAUUAUUGAAAUAGCAUCUUCAAAAGAUCAAUCGCUUACAUUCCUAAUAACUGGCAAGCAGAAUCAGGUUUUGGAAGCCAAGCGUCGAAUUCUAACAACCUUUCAAACUCAGGCAAGUAAACAAAUCAGCAUUCCAAAGGAUCAUCAUCGUUGGAUUCUUGGAAAGCAGGGGCAACGUCUUAAAGACCUAGAAAAGACGACUGCUACUAAAAUAAACGUUCCACCUGUGCAAGAUCAGUCAGACAUAAUAACAAUCACGGGAACGAAAGAGGGAAUAGAAAAAGCUGAGCAUGAGAUUAGAGUAAUUUCAGAUGAACAGUCAAGAAAGGCGUUUGAACGAGUAUCUGUGCCAAAAAUUUAUCAUCCUUUUAUACAUGGUGCGCAUAACGAAAACCUCAAUGCCAUGAUGGCAGAAACUGGAGCUCGAAUUAAUAUUCCUCCUGCCUCUGUGCAAGAAGAUGAGAUUACUAUUGCUGGUGAAAAAGAAGGUGUGCUAGCAGCUAAGCAGAAAAUUGAAUCCAUCUAUAAAGAUAUGGAGAAAAGGUGUACUACAGUGUCUGUUGAAGUUCCCAAGUCUCAGCAUAAGUAUGUUAUUGGUCCACGAGGAAGUACUAUAGCGGAAAUAUUGCAAGUCACUGGUGUGAGCGUCGAAAUGCCUGCGUCAGAUUCACCCACGGGAACUAUUACUCUUCGAGGUCCUCAAGAAAAGCUUGGUCAAGCACUGAACAAAGUGUAUGAAAAGGCGAACAGCGUUCGUACAGCUGUAGUGGUCGCACCUGUUUGGAUUCAUAAAUACAUAAUAGGAAAAAAAGGUGUGAAUAUUAAACGUAUCACACAGGAAAUGCCAAAAGUGAAUGUGGAAUUUACCGGCAAAGAAGAUAAAAUCAAAAUCGAAGGCCCACCAGAAGAAGUUGAGAAAGCACAAAACGAGCUUCAGAUGGUGGCUAGUGAUCUGAUAUCUAAGCUUACAUUUACAGAAUUAAAUGUUGAUCCCAGAUUUUAUAAGCACAUUAUUGGGAAAAAUGGAUGCAAUGUAAAUCGUGUCAAGGAAGGAACAGGUGUUAUUAUUAAUAUUUCUGAAAAUGAUGGCAAUAAUAUAAUUCGUAUUGAAGGAAAUAUGGCUGGUGUAAUUAAAGCUCAAACGGAAUUAGUGGAGAUGGUGAAAAAAUUAGAGAAUGAAAAAGAAAAAGACGUGAUAAUAGAUCAUCGAUAUUACCCUAGUAUUAUUGGUAAUAAAGGAGAUAAUAUUAAAGAAAUCCGAGAUAAAUUUAAUCAAGUGCAGAUUACUAUUCCUGGUCCAGGAGAAAAGGGAGACAUAGUAAAAAUUAGAGGGCCUAAAGAAGAUGUAGAUAAGUGCCAUAAAUAUUUAAUGAAGUUGGUAAAAGAAUUGAAUGAGAAUAAUUAUGUGCUAGAAGUACCUAUUUUUAAACAAUUCCAUAAAUUUGUAAUUGGAAAAGGCGGAGUAAAUAUUCGUAAAAUUAGGGAAGAAACUCAAACAAAAAUCGAGUUACCCGCUGAAGGUGAAAAAAGCGAUGUCAUAACAAUUACAGGAAAGAAAGAGAAUGUAGAGAAAGCUAAAGAGAUGAUUCAGAAAAUACAAAAUGAAUCGGCUAAUAUUGUUUCGGAUGAAAUAGUAAUUCCACCAAAGUUUUAUAACUCUCUUAUUGGCACUGGUGGAAAAUUAAUUCAUUCUAUCAUGGAAGAUUGCGGUGGUGUUGCGAUUAAAUUUCCGACUGCAGAAAGCCGAAGUGAUAAAGUAACUAUUAGAGGUCCCAAAGAAGACGUUGAGAAGGCAAAACAACAGCUUUUGGAACUUACAAACGAAAAGCAAUUGUCUAGUUAUUCUACCGAAGUCCGUGCCAAAGUACAACAUCACAAAUUUCUCAUUGGAAGAAAUGGUGCCAGUAUUAAAAAGAUUAGAGAAUCUACUGGAGCACGUAUCAUAUUCCCAACUGAAGAAGACCAAGAUAAAGAAGUGAUUACUAUUAUGGGAAAGAAGGAUGUUGUUGAAAAAGCAAAGGCUGUAUUAGAAGCUACAAUCAAAGAAAUUGAUAACAUUACUGAAGGUGAAAUCCGUAUUGAUCCAAAGCAUCAUAGACAUUUUGUAGCACGUAGAGGUGGAGUACUGUAUCGUAUCGCAGACGAGUGCGGAGGAGUGUUAAUUUCCUUUCCAAGAGCAGGUGUAGACAGCGAUCGUGUAAUAUUGAAAGGUUCGCACGAUUGCAUAGAAGCCGCGAAGCAAAGAAUGCGAGAGAUCGUGCAGGAACUGGAAUCAAUGGUAACUAAGGAAUGUAUAAUACCUCAGAAACAUCACCGAACCGUUAUGGGGGCGAAAGGACGUAAAGUGCAACAGGUCACUUCCGAAUAUGAUGUACAAAUCAAAUUUCCAGAUCGUGAAACAUAUGACGAACAUCGUGAAGGAGAACAAAUUAAUGGCGAGAACGGAGAAGUUUCGGAAACAGUUCCGGCAUCUGAUAUUAUUCGAAUUACAGGACAGCCAGAAAAUGUUGAAGCUGCUAAGCAAGCGCUUCUCGAUCUAGUACCGAUUACAAUAAAGGUGGAGGUACCGUUUAAUUUACACCGUUCUAUAAUAGGACAGAAGGGCCGUGACGUGCGAGAGCUAAUGUAUAUAUAUGACGUUCAUAUCAUGUUAUCUCCGGCCGUAGAGAAGCUUGAUUAUAUCAAGAUUUCUGGAACUCCUUCUUGCGUUGAAAAUGCGAAGCAAGCUAUUUUAGACAAAUGCAAAGCUUUGGAAGCUGAACGACAAGAUAGAGCCUUGAAAUUAUUCGAAUUGAAGCUUGAAGUUAAUCCAGAAUACCACCCAAAAAUAAUUGGACGUAAAGGAGCUGUAAUUAACAAAAUACGUAGCGAUCACGAUGUCGAGAUAGAUUUUCCGCGAAAAGGCGACCCCGAAGAACAUAUCAUUACAAUCACAGGUUAUGAAAAAAAUGCGUACAGUGCUCGAGAUGAUAUUAUAAAAAUUGUGAAUGAAUUGAAUGGCUUGACAAAGGAAGAAGUGGACAUAGAUUAUCGUGUACAUUCGCGUUUAAUUGGUACAAAGGGUAGAAACAUUCGUAAGAUAAUGGACGAAUUUUCAGUUGAUAUUAAGUUUCCUCGAAAAUCCGAUCCCGAUAAAAAUCUCGUAACUAUCGUGGGUACAGAGGAGAACGUAGCCGACGCAAAGGAUCAUUUAUUGAAUUUAACAGAAGAAUAUAUACAGGAUGUUUUAGAAACACAGAUCUGUCAAACACCCGAUGAUGCCCUCCGAACUUGGGGUAAAGCCACUUGGAGUAAAGCAGGAUUAAGGGUGCCUAAAGGUGGUUAUUCUGAUGGAGGCUCCACUGGUUUCUUUGUAACAGGUGGUCCUUGGGAACAACAACCACAAAGCGCCCCAAAUACCGCAAGUGUAGAAGAAUUUCCUGAGUUUGCUGGAUACUCGCAUGUACCUGUAACAAACCCCGAAGGUCCUUGGGGGGUAAAACGUUAAAAAAAUUAAAUCAAAUAGAAAAGAAAAAUGAAAAAAAUCGACGAACGCAUGUAAGGUAACAAACAAAGCAUAAUAACUUUCCUCUGACAAACAAUAUGAAAGGGUAAACGCAUUAGUGCUAGGUGGUUCCCUGUUUCAUUACUGAUGUUGCUGCAUACGACCUGGCCACUCUAUUGGACUCUGACACUGGUUUACUACAAAAUGUUUGACGACGGUGUUUAUAUUUACAGUUCAUAUACCAAUAUCCGAUGUAUCUGUAACUGUAACGCAUAAUAUUUUAAGUUCGUUGCCAUGUAGGAAACAUGUACACGUGCGCUCACUCAACGCUCAUACACAAAACAUGCAGGGAUAUACAGUCAGAUGCAAGAUGGCGGCCAAUUGUAUUCAUAACGAGAACAUCUAAUUUCACAUUUUAUUUCUGCUGAUAUGCCUUUCAGGUACAGAUAUGUUGUACUUAAGACUGUGGCUUCGUAGGAACCAAUUAUUUCCUUUUAUGUAUUAUACACAGGGUGGUCAGUAAAUUGUGGUACACUUGAGAAGGAGUUUCUACGUGUAAAAACACACACACACACACACACACACACACACACACAACGAAAAUUUAAAAUAAAAUUUUUUUUUAUACGAAUUUCCAAAAAUGAAACUUCGAACAAAAAAAUUAUAUUGUGUAUUUUCGUUUUUCUUCCCGAGUAGAUGCAACUCUUUUUCUCGAUCGUACUACGGUCUACCAAACAACCUGUAUAUAUUUCUCAGAUUCUCUCCAUCUGUGUAGAUUGCGCGACUAGACGCUUCCGCGUUUAACCGGGCAUAAUGUUUUUUUGUUAAUUUAUUUAUAUUUUUUUUGUACAUAAAUUGCAUUUUCUUUCGUUUUUGUUGCGUUGGACUUCAGUGGAAUCGAUAUCGAACCACAUCACUAUAUUAGAAUUCUGUACACAGAACCGUGUGUGAAAUGUGAAGCUUUAAGGUCUUUCUAAGGAAAACGUUCCUAGAUAUACUACAUAUACAUAUAUAUGUGAUUUCCUGCUUUUGUAAGUACCUAGUAUAAAUAAAAUAAGGUCGAUUCGUACACCAAAAACCAUCAGUGACGCUAUGAAGCGAACCAAAUUGCCAACAAAGUGUUAAGCGAUCAUUGUAUAGUCUCAAACGAUGGAAUUUAAGAACAGAAAUGUUUUUAGUCAUGAUAAAUAAAUAUGUUUUUGGGGAACAUAA